GGCAAACACAGUUCGGCCCUUUCCUCACUGCCACUAAGCUACUACUUCUAGCAUUGCCUUCAUCAACCUAUUGUCACGGUGAUACUCAUGACACGCUGACAUUUCCGCCCAAGUCUUUUAUAUAUGCGUGGGGCUGGUAAGGAUGCCCACACCUUCGUGCAUCUACCAGGCUGUAGACAGCUGUAGAUCUUAUCUUUUUCCAUGGCUUCCAACAUUUCAGUGGAUGCCGCUGCUUUACUGGCACUGGUGCUGGAGGGCGUUACAUACGGUGAGCUCUACACAAGGGGCUUCUUCGUCCGAUGCCCACCAAGUUAAUUUUUUCUCCCUAGGUUUUUCGGUUCUCAUGUUUAUCGGUACUAUCUGGGCUUUGACCUACAAACAACGCAUACACGACAUCAGUCACCCAAUCACUGUGGUGGCCAUCCUGCUGUUCAUACUGAGUACUGCGCACAUGAUCGUGAAUAUCAUUCGUGUUGAAGAUGGACUAGUGAAAUAUCGCGACACAUUCCCGGGUGGGCCAGUGGCGUUCUUUGCCGACCCUUCUCAAUACACAUUUACGAUUGGGAAUGCGUUAUACGUCUUGCAAACUCUACUGGCUGAUGGGGUAGUGAUUUAUCGAUGUUAUAUUGUAUGGCAAUCAGUCUGGGUCAUCGUCGUACCAAGCAUGUUGUGGUGCAGUGUUGCAGUGUCUGGUGUUGCUAUAAACUAUACUUUGUCGCAAGUAACAAGUGACUUCAGUCAAAUCUAUGAAAACGAACGUGGAACACCUGCACAUUGGGUUAAUGCAUUCUACGUCUCAGCUAUUGCAACAAAUUUGUUGAGUUCAGCGUUACUUGCGUAUCGCAUCUGGAUGGUCGAACGUAAUGUCUCUACAAUUCGCGCUAAAAAGAACACUAUGGUGCCAAUUGUGCGCGUGCUUGUGGAUUCUGCUGUUUUGUACUCUGUGGCGCUCUUCACCGCAUUAAUCACCUAUGUGUGCUCGAACAAUGGACAGAAUAUCAUAUUGGACAUGCUCGCGCCCAUCAUAUCGAUCGCCUUCUAUAUGGUCCUUAUUCGUAUCGCGAUCAAUAGAAGACAUCACAGCCAUACGAACGAUGAAACAGAAUUAGGCAAUUUGCAACGGCGUCCUAUGCAGCCCUUGCAGGUCCAUGUAUUAAAAAUCUUGCGUGAUGACAGUAACGCAGUGUGUGGAAUAGGGAAUAGAGAAUAGAGACCCGCCAUCGACAUUCACAGCAGAGUCCAGAAAGGGCUCCCUAGAAUUGUAACCAAAUCGAACGUGUCCUGUAUGUCGUUUAUUUUGUGUUUCCCCAUAGUUUUGUUUGUGCUUCUGCUUAAACGUGUCUAUCAGAUCCAUACAAGGCCGUUUCUGAACCACGG